CAGCUCCUCCCUUCGAGCCAAUAGCGAUCGGGCACAGCCCGUGUCCAUGGUCUGUGGGAGGAUCUAACGGCAGCGCUCCGCUCCUCCACGGCCAGCCAAACACUUCAACACACUGCGCCAAAGAAAAAGGAAACCUUCAGCGCUGAAACUUCAGUUUGAUAAGAAGUGAUGGCAGCUAUUCGUAAGAAGCUGGUGAUUGUGGGAGAUGGAGCCUGUGGAAAAACCUGUUUGCUCAUUGUGUUCAGUAAAGACCAGUUCCCAGAGGUCUACGUGCCCACAGUGUUCGAAAACUACAUCGCUGACAUAGAGGUGGAUGGCAAACAGGUGGAGUUGGCUCUAUGGGACACAGCUGGUCAGGAGGACUAUGAUCGGUUGAGGCCAUUGUCGUACCCAGACACAGAUGUUAUUCUGAUGUGCUUCUCUAUAGACAGCCCAGAUAGUUUAGAGAAUAUUCCAGAGAAAUGGACGCCAGAGGUAAAACAUUUUUGUCCCAACGUUCCCAUCAUCCUCGUGGGCAAUAAAAAGGACCUGCGAAAUGAUGAACACACGCGCAGGGAGCUGAUCAAGAUGAAACAGGAACCUGUAAAACCAGAGGAGGGCCGUGACAUGGCUAACAGGAUCAGUGCAUUUGGAUAUUUGGAGUGUUCGGCUAAAACUAAAGACGGAGUGCGUGAGGUGUUUGAGAUGGCCACCAGGGCGGCGCUGCAGGUGCGCAAGCGCAAGAAGAGAAAUGGCUGCCUACUGUUAUGAGCCACACGCUGAAACACACACACACAUACCUCCAUGUUCCUUUUUAACAACUGACCCCAGGAGAAACCUACAGUACCUGCCACUCCCCACAUUUCUCGCAAUCCAGGAGUGGAUGACAGAAAAAUAUUUAUAAAGAAACCGAAGUGUGUGUCAGUAGCUUACCCAAUACAUCCUGCGAUCUUUCUCUUUCUUUUUUUCUUUUCUUUUCACCAGCAUACUUUCCUUCCUUCCUUCUAUGGAAGAAAGACUGACAGAUUAAUUUUGUAUUUGUACAUAAAUCUUCUCUGUAUCUUUCGGUUCUGGUUUACAGUUAUUCUAUGCCUCUGUGUAUGAUGCUCAAUGAUUUAAGUUUAAAAAAAAAAAAAAGCAAAAAUACAUUUAUCAUUCAUUUAAACUGCCA